AAGUGCGGUAUUAACUAAAUAAUGUUCGUUCUACUUGAAAGUCGAUGUGUUUUAUCUAGCAAUCAAAUAAAUAAAUAUUAAUUUCUACAUCUGUUUAAUUCGGAUUAGUUAAUAGUGAAUAGUUCAUCAUGGGUGACUCCAAAUGCAGUCCAAACCGUGAUCCGAGGCUCCGAUCUUCGUCGGCGACCACUUGGGACAAUCAGGUAUCCCAAAACAAUCAAUUCAAUUCCCAGGUUCAGCCAGUGCAUACAGCCUACCAACACCUUCAUCAGAAUAAUAUGUACAACAAUCCGAAUCAGUAUGCUAAUCAGCAGCAGUACUACCCUGGUUAUGAUAACUAUAACUACAAUGCCUAUCAGUAUAAUCAGGCAGGUCAAGGGUACAUGAAUGCAAACACCCAGAAUACAACAGAGAAUUAUACUGGAACUGGAGGUUGGACCAGCGCAUACAACCAGGCAGCUCCUGCACCAACAACUGGAUCUAAUUUUAAUUAUCCACCAGAAAAACCAAAUAAAUCGGAAGCUGUAGCACAAGAGUUGGUUAAACAAAAGGAAAAUCUUUUAAAGGAGAGAGAAACUUAUAAAGAUAGAGUAGUUGAUUUGGGCAAGAAGCUGAAGAUGUUAGUGGAGCAAAAGGAUCAGUUAACUUCUAAACGGUCGCCCGACAGAGAUACGCUGUAUAUAAUUGAAGAAAAUACCAAAUUACAGCAAGAAAUCCAAAAUAAGAUUAAGGAUGCAACUAACGUGAUUGAAAUAUUAUCGGGAUCAAUUGGCGAUGGAGGUAAAACUUUAGAGAGCGACGGUUUAAUUAAAGAUUUAAAAAAUGACAAGGUGAAGGUCAAUUAUAAACAUUACGAUCCUGAAAUUCACUGGUGUCGGAUGUGUGACGUGUUCCCACAGUCGGCUCGCAAAUUGCUGAAUCAUUUGCACUCGAAAGGCCAUCAGGAGAUUGUUCAGGAAGAAAGUCCAUGGCAUAAGUUGCCACCAGAGCCGAAAUUUCCUGUAUACGAUGGUGCACCCAUCAGAAGAUUGCCCAUUAAAGGUCUUCAAUUUUUUGUCGCCUCUACUGCUUGGUAUUGCCGCCUGUGCGAUAUAUGGAUUGGAGAUCUGCACUGCGCAUCGGAACAUCUAAUGUCCAUUACUCAUACACAAAAUUACUCGAAUUUUGUUGAGCAAAAUCCGCAUUGGGAAAUUGAAUGGCUGAAAGACAGGGAAAAGGCAUUGGAGAGGAUCAAGCGUAAAGAAAAACAAGAUUCGGACUCCGAUGACAAGAAGAGAAGAAGGAAAAAGGAUAAAUAUUCUUCUUCCUUCAAGGACAAGAAGAAGAAGAAACGCAGUAAAAGAAGGAGGAAGCAUUCCAGUGAUUCGAGUAGCAGCUCUAGUUCUUCGUCCAGUUCUGGAGAGGAAGAAGACGACGACAAAUCAAAAUCAAUUCACGUAGCCAUGAGGAAUAAGAUUAAAUUGUUUUCUAAUAGUGAUGAUAAAUUAGAAAUUUUGGAUAAGUUGUUGCAAGAAGAGAAGCAACGACAGGUGACAGCCGCCAACGUUGUAUCUGAAGAUAAGCUUAUGAGCCAGUGGAUGACGGUCAGCGAACCACCAGACAAAGAUAAAAAGUUGCUGGAGAGUUUAAAGGAAAAAUUGAAACAAAAACAAGAUGCGGAAAAGGCAAAAGCCACCGCCGAGUAUGAAGCCAUGAAGCGUGUAAAGGAAAAAGAAGAAUUUGACAAGAAACAAGCGGAUAAGGCUAAGGCAGAAGCAAAGCAUCGCGAGGAAGAGGAGACGAAGAAACGAGAUAAAAUGAGUUUAAAAUUGAAAGAACAAUCUACGAAGGUGAAAGGAGGAAAACGUUCGUAUAGAUCGCACUCAAGGAGUCCUAGCAGAGAUAAAAGUCCGAGUCCGGAGAAAAAAUAUAACAGAAGAAAUUCUCACCGUCGGCCUUACGAGGAUUCCCAUCGUUAUGACGAUAAGGAUAAGAAAAAUAACUACAAGAAGUUUGGUUUUAUAGGCAAGAUGCCUCUAUUUAAGAAUCAAAGGGUUAAGAAGCCUGAGAGUGAUCGAAUCGAAAAAGAGAUUCAAAGGGAAGACUACGACGUCCCAAGAAAGACUCGCUUCCAGCCCGGAAAUUUAGCAAGAGCAUUUAUCCCAGAACCAGAGGUUGUCCUCUUUCCCAAACUAUCCUCUUAUCCACCGUUAGCACCGCCGCCUCCGCCAGCCAUCACGUCUGAAAUUCCUCCGGCUCCUCCAAACAUAAGCGUGCCCGCUCCGCCGCCGCCUCCAAAAAUUGAACAAGCAAUAACUGUUCCGGAAGUAGAGCCUGAGCCAGAAAUAGAUGAUACGAAAGAGGAAAUAGUUGAGGAGCAGGAGGAAGAGGAAAGCAAAGACGAUUAUGAUAUGUUAUAUGAAGAAUAUGGUAGUACAAGUGACUAUAAUCAAUUAUAUCAGCAUCGGCAACCUCAUUCAUAUGAUUUUAUGCAGGUACCAAAUGAUACUGAUCCUGACAAUAUCCCUAGAUCACAUACUAUGCCCUUACAACCUCCUCCAUUACCCCCAGAUGAUCCAAAUGAUCUUGCUAUGCUUGGAAUUAGUUCAGAUGAUAUGGCUGUACAACAAAUGUAUUGAAAUUUGAAGUGUAAAUAAACAUAUAAUUACAUUGCUUAAA